GGAUAUUACUUUUGUAAAUACGGUCUGGCGUUCCUGGUUAUUUCAGUUUUAGCCACGUAACAUUUUGGUUGAUAGCUUCCAGUGAAAAUUUCUCGAUUCAGGUGAUAUUAGUUUCUUGAUAUUAGUUUUUUCGACCUUCGCCAUGACUGAGUUUCCGACCUGUGUGUCCCCGUCGGCCUGCGAGUUGGCGCGCCUCACGGAGGAGGAGCGCCUGACGGCCCAGCUGGAGGUGAAGGAGCGCAGGAAGAUGGCCAAGGCCAAGGCCAAGCCCACGAAGAUCUUGGGCGGUCUUUCGAUGGUGAACCGCAUGAAGAUGUGGCGCCAGCACCGCGAACGUGUGAAGGAGGCGAUCAGCAAGGUGGACGCGGAGGCGCCCAGUUUCCAGGCGGCUCGCACCACCGGCGUGAACAAUCUGCGCGACGAGGCGCAGGUGUUUAUGAAGCGGACCAAGGCCAACAUCCAGCUGCUGGUUGAGAUCUCGCGCACUAUGCGCACCCACGGGGCCAUCAAUCCGUUCCGCUACGAGGUUGUCCACGCCGUGUCCACCAUUCCCAACGCCCUGCUCAAUCUGGAGCAGCUGGAGCGCGACAAUCGGGACCUCGGCCGACGCAUCCUGGAGGUGAACAGCGAGGUGGACUCGGGCCUCUCGGAAAAGCGGAUGCCGGUGGGCAGGAGCACGGCCUCGGCGGCACCGCUGGAACUGCCGCCCCAGGCAAUGGCCAAGUACGAGGCCUUCAACAUUCCGCUCCCCCAAUCGGAUGACGAACUGCGGCGCCUCUUCCGUCCGCGUAUCUACUUUGAAAUAUAUCUGAAGGAUGCUCGUCCGCUGGGGAGGAUUGUGGUCCAGCUGUACACAGAGGCAGCACCCCUGGUGGUCCUACAGCUGAUCAAGUCCUGCAUGUGCGACCAGCACUCCAAGUUCCUGGUCAAACGGCUCUUUCCAAACCUCUGGCUGGAAACGGAUUUGCUGCUGACGCCGGAAUCACUGCUCCACCAGCCACUGGAGUACGACGCCAAGGUGAUUGACCACGGAGCCUCCAGCUACGUACUUUCCUUCAGCAAGGCUCAUGUCAAAGGAUUCGGCGACCAUUUGUCUUUCGCCAUCUCGUUCAAGCCGCUCACCGUGGUCAAUGGAUCCCGGGUGGGAUUCGGCCGCAUUGUGAAGGGCAGCAAGAUAUGCGAGUGCAUCCAGAGCUACGGCACCAAGAAUGGAAAGCUCAGCCGGGGUCUGCAGUUCACCAGCUGCGGAUUGCUAUAGUUUCGAGGUCGUUCCGUAUAAAUUGUGUGUGAGAAAUCCCUUCUUGAUGAUCCAAAUCAAUGUCAAACUUUGUAUAAGAAAUAAUAAUUAGAAAUGGCUAGGUGUUAAAGCCUACUCUUAAGGAAA